AUGUGUCUGACUCUUGCCCGAAAGUCAACGUCCAAGCGACGAGUGGGAGAAGCGGGCAAACUGAUCUGCCGCCUUGGCUGGGAGCGAAAUUGCGGCACGGCCGUUGGUUGGGCCGCAGCCAACUGUCUUUGUGGAGACGUACGUCUUCUCCACUCGGUCAUGGUGCCAGGGGCAGCGCGAAAGACCGGCCACUUUCUACGUCUUCUCCCAGUCUCUGCCCGGGAGAUUGGCCCGUCUCGUUGGCUGCCUCGUCGUCAAGGCGACACGAGGCGAUUCAGUAUUCGUAAACAGGCCCCACUGGAAGGCGAGGCGAUGAUUGCGGCUUUGUGCAAUGACGACGACGACCUCGGAGCACCAUCCUCCUCCGCCCCUGAUUCAGCAUCCAUGAGCUUUCUCCGUUCCUGGCGCCCGGAACCAAGCGUACUUGCCUUCUGGGAAUGUGCUGGGCCUCUUUGUCGUCCAGUUGGCUCCGUCCAACAGGAAGAUGGUGAUCUACGCUAG